AUGUCUAAGUGUCAGGAAUCUGAAGAAUGUACUGGCCCCUCAACUACUCUUCAACCACAACAUGAAGAGGAUAUUGAAGUACAGCUGGGUUGCAAGUCUCCAGGUGCAGGUCUAGAUGCAGAUUUUCGCCAUGAGUCUGAGGCACAAUCACCAGUAACUCCCGAGUCGAAUGACAGAUCAUCAUCAAAAUCUUUGACAAGCAGUGUUGUGGAUUUCCCCGAAGAAAACGGUAGAACCUACCAUGGCUACCGUCCAGGAACGUAUCAUUUCCCAAAUGACGCCAAUGAACAAGACAGACUUGAAGCACAAUUCGACAUGUUAAAGUCUGUCUUCUCAGGCCUCAAUUACUUUGCACCUUUAUGCGAUCCUCGCUAUAUCCUCGAUAUCGGUACUGGAACAGGUCAAUGGGCGAUUCAAAUGGGCGACACCUUUCCCAAAGCCGAAGUUCAAGCCACGGACCUCUCUCCAAUCCAACCAGUAUCCGUACCUGAAAACGUUCAUUUCUAUAUCGACGACGCGAGCGACGACGAUUGGAUCUUACCUCCAAAUCACUUCGAUUAUAUCCAUACUCGAGUACUACUAGGAUGUUUCAAGGACUUCAAUAGUAUUAUCAAAAGAGCAUUUCAUUACACCAAACCCGGAGGGUAUAUGGAAAGUCAAGAAAUCAUGUUCACACCCUAUUGUGACGAUGACUCAAUGUCAGAUACAUGGCCCUUCUUGGAAUGGGUUGGAUAUAUCGAUAAAGCUGCCACAAAAGAGGGCAGAUCGAUGAAUAUUGCCUGUAAUCUCAAAACUUGGUAUGAAGCUGCAGGCUUCAUAGACGUGCAGGAAAAAAUCUACAAAUUACCUAUUAAUCCCUGGUCAGCAGACGAGCAUUUACAGAAACUUGGUCGGAUGUCUGAGGAAAAUUGGCUAGCAUGUCUAUCAAGUUUCAGCAUGGCGUUAUUUUCUCGAAUCCUCGAUUGGAAACAAGAAGAGAUUGAGGUCUAUCUAGUAAAUAUUCGAAAAUCAAUCCCAGACCGAUCUAUCCACGCUUAUCAUAAGAUAUACGUUGUAUGGGGGAGAAAACCCGAAGAUGAAAAGGUGGAAUUAUUAUCGCCUAGUAAUACUUCUUCUAAUCAGAUACUUUCUGGAAGUAUUCCCGUUCGACCUGAACCGGAGAAAAGUGUUACUUGA